UGAUUACAGAAUAGUAUUAUUUUGGUGUUGUAUUUGCAAAUAGAAGAAUAUCAGCAGCAAAAGCAUUAAAUUUCGUCGAAAUAGCAGAAAUCAACACGCAAUUUGUUGAUUUUAUUUUGUUUUUCCCAUCAAAGCCAAUAUAGUUUUGUAAAUUUCUAGACGUGAAUUAUUUAUUCAAAAAUGAACAAGUUGAAAUCAUCGCAACGUGAUAAGGUGAAGAAGUUUAUGGCCAUUACUCAGACGGGCGAACAAACGGCAAUUUUUUGUUUGCAAAACAACGAAUGGAAAUUAGACCAAGCGAGCGAUAAUUAUUUUCAACAACCGCAAACAUACUAUCGUGAUUUAGACCACAAGAAAGUCGAACAGCUAUUUCGACGAUACGAAGAUCCGCAUGAUCCGACAAAAAUCUCAACCGAUGGUGUAUGCCGAUUUUUGGACGAUUUACGACUCGAUCCAACAUCCAAAUUGGUUUUGAUUAUUGCGUGGAAAUUUCGCGCCGAAACACAAUGUGAAUUUACAAAAGUCGAAUUUGUUAACGGUUUUGUUGAGUUAGGCAUAGAUAGUAUAGAUAGUUUAAGAUCAAAACUACCAUCACUAGAAAAUGAAUUAUGUGACCCGAAUAAAUUCAAAGAUUUCUAUCAUUUUACAUUCAACUAUGCAAAAGAGGACACACAAAAGGGCAUCGAUCUGGAAAUGGCCAUCGCAUACUGGAAUAUUGUGCUAAAAGGUCAAUUCAAAUUUCUGGAUCAAUGGUGUGAAUUCUUGAAGAAAAAUCACAAACGCUCUAUCCCGAAGGACACAUGGAAUUUAUUGUUAGAUUUCGCGGCGCAUAUCGAUGACAACAUGUCUAAUUACGACGCAGAAGGUGCGUGGCCGGUGUUAAUAGAUGACUUUGUCGAAUGGUUUCAUACAAAUUACCAGCGGCAAUCGGUGAUCAGCCAAUCGACAAGUGGCAGCAGUGAAAAACAACACGCAAACAUGUACUGCGGCUAAGCAAUCGUCGUUCGAUACACUCACUCAACAAUUCUAUUUUUAACGUUUUUUAACAACAACAAAAAUCAUUUUUUUUAUGUCAACACCCAUGUUAUUUCUCGUUAUUACCAGUUAAAACGUUUUUUUUUUCUUUUUCCGUUGACUUGAGGCAAAAUUUUAUAAUAAGUUUUCUAUUGAUUUCACUUUUUUUCCCCGUAAGAAUGUUUGUUAUCAUUAGUCACAGUCGAACUUCAGUUAACUGAAUCUUUAUUUAAAUAUUAUAAAAUUUAAUAAUAGAAAAAGAUAUAGAAAAUCUAAACUGAAGUUCAAAAAAUGAAGAAAAAAAAAUUAAAAAAAAUCGGAAAUUUUACCAAAAGUUUCCAUAUUUACAUUUAAUACGAUUUGAAAUACAACUACAUGAAACAGAGGUAAUUUAAUAAAUACAAAUCAGUUUAUUUGUAAGCUUGAUAUGAGAAAAUUUAUGAAAUAAGAACAUUAUGAAAUGAAGAAAAGAAGAAAAAAAUCGUAAA